AUGACCCUCGUCUUCCCCACCUUCUGUUCCCGGGGAGUGUGUGGUGGCUCUGGCUGUUCUCCUGAGGACUGGAGGACGCAGAGGUGGAUGAAGCACUCUCCGAAGAGGAGAAAGCAGGAAGCCUCCUACAGGCCAUCCCCAAUCCUGGGGCGGCACCUUUGUCCCCUGCCAAUGACAAAUGCCAGCUGCAUCACCAGGGACACAUCCGGCCGGUGGCAGCCGGCGUCGGGUGAGUCCCGCUCCGCCAGCGGAGCGCAGGGCGCGCGGCACGGGCACCGAGGGCAGGAGGCGCGGGGACUCGGCACUUCCCCCAGGGUCUCGCGUUCGCAGACUUCUCGCCCGGGAGGAAAGCAGUCGUCCGAGAAGAGAAGCCGAGGUGUCUGCCUGGAACUGUGCAAGGACCGACUGGACGCCCUCAGGAGGGACGAGGAAAAUGAAACCAUAGGAACUUUAUUGAGGCAAUUGGAAAACAACACAAAGAAAACCAUCGAAACCUUGAGGAGCUGGAUGAUGUCAGUCCCACAGAAACGCAAGAAGGGGCUCUCAGAAGAUCAAGUCAAGGAGAUUAAGAAGGAGAAGCUUCCAGAAGCUGAUUGGAUGCUGCUAAAGGAAAAUUAAUUCAGCACACUUUAUGAAGAAAAAUACCGCAAAUCUCCAGUGGCCAUAAAAGUAUUCAACAAACCCCAGGCCAGAGACAUUGGAAUAGUGAGGCAUACUUUCAAUAAUGAUAUCAGAACCAUGAAGAAAUUUGAUUCCCCCAACAUCCUGUGUAUGUUUGGGAUUUGCACUGAUGAAACAGUGACCCCACCUCAGUUAUCCAUCGUCAUGGAGUACUGUGAGCUCAGGACCCUGAGGGAACUGCUAGAUCAGGAAAAGGACCUCACCCUUCCAAGCAUCAUCCUGGUCCUGGGGGCAAACAGAGGCUUAUACAGGCCACACCAUCCGGAAACACCUGCAGAACUCCACAGAAACAUCAGCAGCACGAGCUUCCUGGUAACUAAAGACUGCAAUGUGAAGCUUGCAGGAUUUGAGUUGAGCAAAACACAGACUUCCGUCAGCUGACCAACUAAAGGAAAAGAAGCAGAGAGAGUCAGUUCUGCCACAUACAUCUCACCUCAGAGACUGGAAAAUGUGUAUAAUAAAUAUGACAUAAAAGCUGAAAUAUACAGCUUUGGAAUCGUCCUCUGGGAAAUCGCCACUGGGAAAAGCCCAUUUGAAGGCUGUGAUUGCAAGAAGAUCUACCAGCUGGUGGCUGUGGACCGGCACCAAGAGCCAGUGGAUAAAGAUUGCCCUUCACAGUUGCAGGAGAUCAUUGAUGAUUGCUGUGCAUAUGAGCCCUCCAGGAGGCCCUGUGUUAAAGAAAUGCUUGAAAAAUGUUUGCUGUCAAGUGAUGUGACGUUGACGGACGUAGGUUUCUACCAAUUGUACGAGGCCUCCUCGAGCGUGGUCCCGCCUAGUCCGUUUACGAAGGAUCAGCCAAUGAGAGCGCCGCUGUUUCAGCCAGUGGCGACCAAAGAAAGAAGAAGAGAAGGUAUUGGCCGCCGACUGGGACUGCUGCCCAAUAGGAGCAGGCCGAGCCCGCAACUCAGGCUGGCGGAUUGA